CGCUACAUUUUGAUAUCCACAAAUCGCGUAUUCAGUGAAAGAAUUGUGGUCGGCUUUAGUUUUACAAAAAGUUAACAAUUAUUAAUGAAAAUUAUAGCAAUAGUAAUCUUUCGAUAAUAAAUUAUUUAUUUAUUUUUAUAAUAACACAAAGUGCAACAAAUACACUGCAAACAACUUCAGUAUAAGCAUAUUAAAGCGAAACGUCCCUAGCUCUCGACAACGUCGUUCACCACAUUACAUAUCGUGUGUCAUUCGUGUCAUCAACUAAAAAAAGAUUGAAGAAUUUUGCCGCUAAAAGAAGAAAACUUAAAUUGUAUAUUUAACAUAAUUAAUAUAUAUAUAAAAUGAUUUUGCUAGAAAUCUAUAAUCGUAUCCUGGAAGAAACGCUUCUAGUGAAAUUUCGCAAUGCCUUAGCUGGUUUAAAGCCGGAAUCAAUUGAUGUAAGAAUUGCAGAUUUUGAUGGUGUUUUAUUUCACAUAUCAAAUGUUAACGGCGAUAAAACUAAAGUUAGAGUCAGCAUUUCGUUAAAAUUUUAUAAACAGCUGCAAGAACAUGGUGCCGAUGAACUUUUAAAGCGAGAAUAUGGCAAUUUGCUGACAGAUCCUGAGGAUGGCUAUAACGUUUCUGUACUUAUUAAUCUAGAGGAUAUACCAGAAGACUGGGAAACAAUUGCAAAGAAAAUUGGUCUAUUGAAGCGUAAUUGCUUUGCUUCGGUUUUUGAAAAAUAUUUUGAUUUUCAAGAACAAGGGGAAGAUGGUCAAAAACGUGCGGUCAUUAAUUAUCGAAAUGAUGAGACGCUUUAUGUUGAGGCGAAAUCAGAUCGUGUUACCGUAGUUUUUAGCACCAUAUUUCGUGAUGAAGACGACGUUGUUAUUGGCAAAGUAUUUAUGCAAGAAUUAAGAGAAGGUCGACGAGCAUCUCAUACUGCGCCACAAGUGCUUUUUUCACAUCGUGAACCACCUUUAGAAUUGGCUAAUACCGAUGCAAAGGUGGGCGAUAAUAUUGGUUAUGUUACUUUCGUACUGUUUCCACGGCAUACAAAUAAGGAAACGCGUGAUAACACAAUCAAUUUAAUUCACAUGUUUCGAGAUUAUUUGCAUUACCACAUUAAGUGUUCAAAAGCAUACAUUCAUUCAAGAAUGCGUGCAAAAACCUCAGAUUUCCUAAAAGUAUUGAAUCGUGCAAGGCCCGAACCGAAAAAUACUGAAAAGAAAACUAUAACGGGGAGAACAUUUAUACGCAAAGAAUGAUUUGUAGACAAUGUCUAGUGUGUUUGUUUUAUUAUUAUUAAUAUUAUUAUUAUUAUAUAUAUGUUUUUUUGUAAUUGUGUAUGAAAUAAUUGAAUUUAAUUUUAAAGUCGAUAAAAUUGCAACUAAUAUAACUGAUAACAUAACAAAAAAUGCGAUAUAUAUUUAAGUAUGAUGUAAAAGAAGACUAAAAACAAGGUACUCUAAACGUUGUAAAUGUAAUUCCAUUAUUACAUCAAAGUAUUUACGAUAUUUAACCACAAUCAUAGCUGAUGAGUCAUCAUUAUCCAGAAGAUAUACUAGCAACAAAGAAAUUUAAAAUAAUAAUAAACUUAAGAGAAAAAGAACAAAAAAUGUAAGAUAACUAAAAUUAUAUUAAAAAAAUUGAAGUACGCAAAUAAUAAUACUGAAGUUUACACUAGAUCAAACGUUUUUAGCAGUUAAUAUUUAAGUGCCGAAAUUCUGUUAAAAGCAGUAAUACAUUUUAAUCACAAACUUUAAAUAAUAAAUUAGAAUAAAUACUGAAUUAAAAUGUUUAAGUUUUAAAAUGCUUUAUUUAAAUAGUAAACAAAUUAAAACUGUUAAAUAGAUUCUAGUGUGAACGCUACAUAAGUCCCAUAGACUUUUAUGUCGUUUUUUUAUAUCGUCAGAAAGUGUUUUAAUAAACAAAUAAACAAAUAAACAAAUAAAAAAUAAAAUUAAAUGAAAAAAUGCUGCCCUACAUAUUUGAUAUAAAAUUCCUAAUAAAUUAAUGCAAUAACGAAA